AUGUUACUAAUCAAAAAUAAGUUCAACUAUGCCUCUCCUGGUCUUGAUGGUGUUACUUAUUUCCUUCUCAAAGGUGGUGGGUUCUUUCUAUUGCAUCAGCUGUUUUCCAUUUUUCAAUCCUGCCUUAACAACUGUGUCACUCAAGAGCACUUGAAAUUUGCUAGUGACGUUCCCCAGUUCAAAAAUGGUGACCGCACAUCACUUGUCAACUACCGUCCAGACAGCCUUGCUAGCUGCAUCACGAAACUGGUGGAAUUUUGUGUCAGAGAAACACUUUGGAACUUUUGGAGCUCUCACAGGCUUAUUCGACCCUCACAAUUUGGUGCUAUCCCUAACUCCAGCUGCUGUAGUCAAUUCAUCGAGUUUCUUGAAAACAUCACCCGAGUUACUGAUGGUGGCUCACGGGUGGAUGUUGUCUACCUUGAUUUUGUCAAAGCCUUCAACUCUGUGCCACACAAAUGA